GAUUUUUCACAUGUUUAUAAAAUAAUGAUUAAAGAUAACCUUGCAUUUUGGAUUAGUGUCAAACUUUAUUUAUGUAAUGGUCAUGGGAAUGUGAAUGCUUAUUUAAAAUUGAAAUUAUGACGUCCUGCGCUGCUCCCGUUUCGUAAUUUUUAGCCUAUGAUCGAUUUGUCAUUCGAAAGAUAAUAGAAUUUAUUUUUUACGCAGUGAAUAAUUAAAAACUUCUUACUUGAUUUUUAGUUUGUCUAUUGACUACAAAAUGACACUUGCCGGUUUACUUAAGCAUAGGUAGACAAAUAUAAUUUUCUUUGUGCCUUACUACCUAAUCGUAAGUUACUUACAUAAUUAUGAUAUUCCAGUAUCUAAAUUUAGUAAUUAAUUGUUGAAGUCUGGCCCUUGUGGUAAAAAUAAACGCCCAACAUAUUUUUCCUAGCACUCCCUUACAUUAUUAACGUUUUUCGGUCAGAAUUUCCAUUUUUCAAUUAACUACAAAAAUAUGCGAGAUUUUAUGAUUACUCGAAAAAGGCUAAAAAUUGAAAACUUAAAAUUCUGACUAUUAGACGUUGUUUUGGUCACUUUACAUAAAUAGGGAAGAGUCUUUACUGAUUUCUAAUUGAGUAACAAUAAUAGUUUGUUCAAAUAAAUGUAUUGAAGUGAUAGAAUAAUCUGUGUCGAAUUUCAUUUAUCGUGAAGAAAGGACUAUGUUUUGAAUCUUUAAAUGAAGUUAGAGAUGCAAUUUUAAAUUUACAUAACAUUAGUAUAAGGAUUUGUGGGCUACAAAUUUCAUCUUCCAUCAUAAAUGUUUUUACAGUUUUAGUAUAAGUAAUAUGUAUAAUAUUGUAUUACUAUAGCUACAAUAAAUAAUAUAAUAAUAAGUAACAAUUUAUAAAAUAACAUAAUUGUUUAUUUACACAUUUAUUUUGUUAAAUAAUUUUCAACCGCAUUUCGCUGAAGGAAAUAAAUACGCAAACAGGUAUUACUUUCCAGGAUUGUUGGGUUUAUUGUAAUAUUAUAUAUUAUUAUUUAGUAUUUUAUCAAAGCUAUUGUGUUAAGUUAAUAAUCAAAUAGGCUAUUAAACAAAACAGGAAGACAUAUUUGAAAUUGGUUUUACAAAAUAAAUGUUUUAUAUGUGUACAAUUAUAUUUUCUAGGUGAUAAAUAUGUCUUAUAUGAGCAAUAUGUGGAAAUCAAAUUUAUUGAUGGCAUCAUCUAGUUGCCGUGUACCUACAUUGUGUCAUAUAUUUAAAAGGCACAAAUCACUAUCAGAAGAUCCUUCAUUAUUAUCCAUUUUAAGAAAACGAACCAAACAUUUUCUUAAAAAAAAGGAUUUUGUUGUACACAUUACAAAACAUCAAAAGGUAAUCACUGCUUGUAAAAAAAUGAUCUUUGCCGUUAAUAUGUUUAAACAACAAUUAGCCAAACACAGAAAAAAUUUAAUCAUGUGCGUGGCUAUGGCUUUCACAUUUGAUUGGUAUAAAGAAAGAAUAUGUAUUGACGAAUUAUUUAGGUACCUACAUAAUAUUGGUUUAUUAAAUUUAGUUAAAAUUAUUUUUUCUCAUAAUGUUUUGGUUUAUAGAUUACAAAAAGAAUUUGGAAUUAUAGAAAAAAUAGAAAAAAAAUCUGCAGGGCAAAAUAUAUCAAUAACCCCAAAUCUUAUUUCUUCUGCUGAUAAUAAUUCAUCUGAUCUUGGAAACAUACAAAAUGAAUUUGUUUGUUUGAACACCAGUUGUAAUUGCCCUAGAUGUAGAAACAUGAAUGGUAAUUAAAUAUAUGAAUAAUAAAUAUUAAUUUUCCUUUUUAAUCAAACAUAUGAUAUAUUUUGUAGUUUGAUUUAAUUUAUUUUUUUAGAAGAAGGAUGGGAACCAUUUACAAGUGGUUCUUAUUAUAAUGCUUGGAAAAAAAGAAAUAUUGAUUAUCCGGAUCAAAAUUUGUACAUUUAUAAAGGUAAUAAUGUUGACUAAAAAAAAAAAAUGAAAGUACAAUAAUACUAUUGUUUUGUUUUUUUUUUUAGUGCAUGGUUUAUUUAAUGAUGUAACAGCAUUAGACUUUAUGCUAGUGCAGUUAGAUCUUGACUAUCGAAAAGAAUGGGAUAAGAUGUCUGUAGAUUUAGAUAUUUUCGAUUCUGAUCCACUUACACACAGCGAUCUUAUUUACUGGGAACUUCGUUGGCCGGUAACUAUAUAAUUUUAAACCCCAAGUAUUAUUAUAGAUUUUAUAUUUGUAUUUAUUAGACUACGUGAAUGAAAUUAUCAAAAGGAAAAUCAAUAUUUUCCUAAAGUUAAUAAUACUACAAUGACAAAGUAAAAAUUAAAAAAAUUUUUUUUUUUUUUGAGGUUUGUUUAUUCGUUAAUUUUAAUCCCCCCCCCUUUCCAUUCACACGUACAUACUACAAUUACAAAUCGUUAAAUAAUAUGCCAUGUAGAUAUGUUAUUAUUCAAAUAGUAUUUAAUAUAGUAUUAUAAACACAAAUUUAAUUUAAAAUUAAAAUUGAUAGAAUAUGGAUUUUUUUUUCUUGUAAUUUUGAUGUUACUUAUUUUAAAUGAGGAGUAGGCAAGUGUAAUAAAUUUCAUGUUCAUUUUUGUAAUUGAUUUUAAUCAAAAUCUUUAUAGAUUUAUUAUGUUAAAAAAGUUCUCCUUUUUAUUUCAAAAUUAUUGCUUGCUUUUUUUGUUAGUAUUGGUAACUUUCUAUUAGUCAUAUUAUAUAUAACUUUGCAUAAUACAGUCAAACUUGGUUAAUUCAAAAUUGUCAAUACCUCAACAUUUUCCUCUAGUCUAGUAAUGCAAGCAAAUCAUGAUUAAUCAGAAUAUUAUCGUAGAUAACUCGAAGUUACAAUUUUAUUUAUUAAAUAAUAAAAACUAAAAUAAAUAAAUAAAUGUUUUUGUUAUUGAUCAAUAAUAUCUAACUGGUUUUACACACAACAAUUAUUUGUUAUCCACUCACAUAUAUAUACACUUUAAUGGUAAAUAAAAAUGCCAAACAAAAAUUAAUAUUAAUUUUAAAAAUUUGAUGAUAUAUAAUAUACAAUUAUACUAUAUAUGUAAAUAUUAUAAUUGUACUGUUUUAAAUAAAACAUUUUAAAAGGUUUUUUUUUUUUUGUUUUGGCUAACUCUGACUUUUUUGGUAGUCCCUUCAAUUUCAUGUUAACCAAGUCUGACUGUGUAAACAAAAGAAGAGAUUAGUUUUAUUUUAACAAUCAUUUUUUAUAUUUGAUUUAUUUGAUUACUUGCCUACUUUUUAUUAAAUUAUUUUAACUUAAUCAAUUUUAUUUAGUAAUUGAUAUUGUUAUAAUGUGUAAUGCAUUAGUAUUACUUUAAUUUUAUUCGUAGAAGUGGUUUCUAAAUCGCGAUUAUGUAUUUAAACGCCGAUACAAAAUUGAUGAAGAUGAAAAAUUAAUGUACAUUGUUUGCCAGAGUGUUGAACAUCAAGAUUUUCCUGAAUGCAAUGAUAAAUGGAGAGUUAAAAACUACUGGUCAUAUACUGUAAUCAAACCACAUGAAGAUUUUGAUAAGGUAAAGUUUAAACAAAAAUUUAAUUAAUUAACUAAAUAUUCUAAUAUUAGUUAUAUACAUAUUAUAGUGUUUAAACCAUUUUUAUUUUUAUGUAUAAUUUAAUGUGACUUUUUCAUAAACAUUUUUUACAAAUGUAUUAUUGAUUUUAUUAAUUUAUUAAAAAAAUUAUUAUAUUUGAACAGUUAUUAAAGUAUUGUUAUAUGAUACCUAUACAUUUUAUAGAAGUAUUAAUUAGCUUUUUAAUUUUUAAUGUUUUUCAUAUUUUGUAGCCAGGAGUUGAAUUUUCAAUCACUUACUUUGAUGAUCCUGGAGUCACAGUUUCGAAUUAUCUUUCUUCGUGGUACCAAUCUAAAGGUACAAUAUUAUUUUACUUAAAGUUGUACUAAUAUUUCUAUUGAGGUUUAUAAUAAAAUAUUUUUGAAUCAGGAAUGCCAUCAUUUUUAAAUGAUCAAAGGAUGGCAGCGUUAGAAUUAACCAAGCGUCGAUUGGAACAAAAUACCAUAUUAAUACCUGAUAAAGGAAGUAAAGAAACUAAACUAGACCCACAAGAAACUCAAACUUCUUGGAUGUCUUGGCUUUUUGGAUACAUUUUAUUCUAAAAUGUAUUGUUAAAAAAAAACCGGUUUAAAAUUAGUCAAUUUUAUAAUAAUGAUUAUUGUUAAUAUUUUGUGCUAAAAUGUAUAUAGGUAAAUAAAAAAUUUAAGUAUAUAUUAAUUAUUCUGGUAAAAGAUCUUGAACUUGUUCAUUUGCAAAUUCUUUUUCCAACGAUGUAAUAGGUCUUGAGGUGGAUGUGCGUGGUCUCUGUAUGGGUCCUAAUGGAUCAUUAUAAGUUUCUAUAAAAAGUAAACAAAUGCAUAUUUAUAUACAGAUAUAUUUUAUUACUUCAGUAUUUAGAAAGAAUACAUUCCUUAAGUCAUUUUUUUGUAGGAUAUAAAUUCAAAAUUGUUAAUUGUUAUUCUUUCUGCAGGUCAUUGUGGUCUCGUUAUAAGCUGAAUGUAGAUAAGAGAAAAUAGAAACCCUACACUAUUAACUUUAGUAAUAUUAUUGAAUCAGAAAUAUAUUAAAUAGGAACAUAUUAAUUUUUAAAAGAAAUGGCCAAGCACUGAACUACUAUAUUAUAUAGAGUAAGUUAUUAAUAAAAUGUUUCAGGUUACCAUUGGUUGAUUUUAUGUCUUGAUGAACAUAAAUAUUCAUUUCAUCAGAAAUAUUUUGACGUGCAUAUGCACUUGUUAAAGGCAUUGAUGUAGUAAUCAUAGCUGUUCCUCCUCUAGCUGUUCGUGGUCGCUGUGAAGAAUUACCUACAGGUCCUUAACACAAUAAUUUAUAAGUUAAUAAAGUGCAUUUAAGGGGGGGGAUGAAAUACUUUUAACAUUAUAAAAAUAAUGAUUAAAAUAUCAUUUAAAAGGAUUAUAAAUUCAAUACUGAACAUUAUAUUUUUCAAAAGUUGUUAAACUUUAGUUUCCAGACAUCCCAGCAUGAGUGUUGCAUUUAAAGGGGCCGUUGCCAUAGUUAAGGAACUGCUGAACAACUCAUAAAUAAUUAUAUUAUAAUUAAAAUAAUAUUUAAAAUACCCUGAUCUUUUGGGCUGUUGUGUACAUAUAUAUUUGUUUCUCCUGAAGUUGUUUGUUUUUGAGUAUAGUUAUUUGUAUUAGAAUUUGAAAUCACACUGGUGCUGCCCCUUGUUUCCAUUGUUUUGCGAUAACCGGUGCGAGCUGUACUUAUACGUUCUCUAAUAUCCUUAGUUUUUUCAGCUUUUCUUAGCAUUUCACUAUAUUCUGAUACUUCUUUUAAUCCUAAAUCUGUACAUAUUCUGAUCAAUAGUUUAAGACCUAAACCAAUAUAUUAAUUAUACUCAAAAAUUAUUGUAAUUAAUCUUAAUUUAAUAUUAAAAUAUUAACAUACACUCUGUGUUAUCUGGAAAUUUGUUUAAUACAUCUUUAUAAGUCUGUAGAGCCAAUUGAAAAUUUCCUGCUCUUCUAUAACAUGACCCAAUUAACAUGAGCCAUUUUGGUUCAGCGGGCUGCAUAAGAGAAGCUUGUUCAAAGUAGUCUACUGCUUUUUCUGGAACUUUCAUUUCAACAAAGUAUGCUCCUAACCAGUCCAGUACUUCUAAAUUGGAAGGAUAAUAGCGAUAGGACUAAAAUUUAAUUUAAAUUAAUAAAAUAAAUUAAAAACAUUUUUUAUGUAUGUGUAAACUAUUUGAAACCUCAUAAUAAUAAUGAUAUGCUUGUUGUUUGUCAUUUAUAUUUUCAUAAAUAUCGCCUAAUUUUUGUAAAACACCAACAUCGUCAGGGACUAUACUCAGUAAUUGUAAAUACCUAUGGAAAAAUAAAAAAUAAAAAUAUUUUCAAUAUUUAAAUUGGUUUACUUAUUUAUAGUUACCACUCUAUCGCCUGUUCUAGAUCACCAAUCAUUUCAUUUAGUAAUGCAAUUUGAUAAAUAACUUCCGGAUGGUUACUUAUAACAACAUGAAGCUUUUGAAAACAAUCUAGUGCAUCGUCUAAGUGCCCAAGUUUUUUAUUAGUUAAACCCAAGUUGUACAUUGCUUCUGAACACAUCACGUCUCUCUCUAGUGCAUGUAUGUAGAGCUCUUUUGCUUUAAAAUAGUCUUGUUUGACAAAGUAACAGUUUCCAUGAUUUACAUAAGCCAAAGCAUUGGAUGUAUCUGUUUCACAAGCUGCUAUUGAAGUUCUUUCUGCUUGUUCUAAAUCACCUUUCUAAAAAAUACAUUAUAUGCAUUACACUAGUUACUAACUAUUGAUUUACAUUUUGUUAAUAGACAUACCAAAAAGUGUAUAAACGACAGAUUUGUUGCAGCUGCACUCGCUACUUUGCUAUCCUUGUUGUCAAAUGCUUUAAGAGUGUCAAUUGCUGGUGCUAUGUUGUUUUGAUAUAAAAAUCCAACUGCUUUGUUUAUCUCCAAGUGACCAGCCAAAUAUGAAUAACGUGACAUUUUAAUUGUUUCUAAACACCAUGUGUAACCUUCAGUAAAUGUAUCUUCAAUAAUUGAAGAUAUAAGAUGUGCCGCAUUAAGAAUUGUUUUUUCAAAAUUUGUCUUUAUUUGUUUUUCAUACGUGGUGAGCGAAUCAGAUUUUAUGGCUUCUGCUAGUAAUGUAGCUUCAAUUUCAUCCUAAAAUGUAUUUAGUCAAUAGAGUUCUAAUUUUUAAUUUUUCAAUUUAAGAAUUGUAAAGUAUUAUCUACUUGUAUAUCUUACAGAAUGAGCAGCAUAUUUAUCUUCAAAGUCUAUAUCCAAUGAUAUUUCUAGCAUUUGUUUGAAUAAAUGCUUUGAUUUCUCUUUAUUGCCUGACAUAUAGUAGCACACCAAGGCAUGCAUUCCAGCUUUAAAAUUAGGUUUUUCAUGCAUUAUAUACUCAAAGUUUGAACAAGCAUCUUCAUAUUUACUUAAUUUCAAAAAUAUAACACCAAUAUUAUGUGUAAUAGCUCGCCUGAAAAAUAACACCAAUUAUAAUAUAUUGUACCUUGUUAUGCAUAAACAUGUAAAUUUAUUAUUUACUUAAAACUCUUAUUGGUGUUUGGAACCUGAUCAAGAGCCAUCCGAUACAUUUUUAUUGCUUUUUCAGGCUGUCCAAUUUUUUCAUAUAUAUUUGCAACAUUUACCCUCAUUCGUGCACCAUUUUGAAACAAUCGAUUCUUAGAUAUCACUUGGUACGUAUUUAAUGCUUCUGUGUACAUUUCAUUUGCUGCAUAUUGAUUACCUAAUGCAAAUAAAACCUAAAUAGUUGAUACAAUAAAAAUCUUGUCAGUUUAGUUAUAAUUUUUAAAUUAUUAAUUCAAUUCUCAAUGUGUCUAUUAAUUAACAAACAUUGAUACAGAGAUAAAUAAUCUAUUUAAAUAAAUAAAACAUAUAUAAUUUACCAAAAAAGUUAAAUCAAUAUUGUGUGAAUCAUUUAAUCCUGCUUGCUCUUGCAUUCUAAUUAAACUUCUUUCCUUAUUUGAAGCAUCUUUUGCUUUCUCCAGUCCCAGCUGAUAAUCUCCUCUAGCUUCAGCCAUACACGCCUCAUCAACUAAAUCAUUAAUGCGCUUUUCCAGUUUUUUUAUUUUAUCUUCAAUUCUAAAAUAUUUUAUUUGAUUUAUUAACACACU